AUGGAUAGCCAAGACGAUCUCGCCACAUCGCCGCCCAUAUCGGAGCCGGCCGGCACCAGCCAGGUUGACAAUGCCAUUCGUGCCAUUCGGCUCAAGAAGCCCGUCCCCACCAUCGACUUUUCCACUCAUACGCUGGACGAUGGUACCCAAGUUAGCACCAAGGAACGCUUUUGCAAAGGCGUCGAACCGCCGGCCUGGGAGCCUCUGUCCGAUGAACAAUUUUACGAAGACGAAGCGCGCACCAAGCCGAACCUCAGAUUGCUAAAAGACCACCUGUUUCGCGAGGGUCGCCUCACCGAGGAGCAAGCGCUCUUCAUCAUCAACGCCGGCUCCGAGCUGCUUCACGCCGAGCCCACCCUGCUGGAGAUCGAGGCCCCGGUUACAAUAUGCGGCGACGUCCACGGCCAGUUCUACGACCUUGUCAAGCUCUUUGAAGUGGGGGGUGACCCGGCGACUACGCAAUACCUCUUCCUCGGCGACUAUGUUGACCGUGGAUUCUUCAGCAUUGAAUGCGUCUUUUACCUGUGGUCCCUUAAAAUCCACCAUCCGAAUACUUUUUUUCUGCUCCGAGGAAAUCACGAGUGUCGUCAUUUGACGGCCUAUUUCAGCUUCAAGCAAGAAUGCGAGCACAAGUAUUCUAGGGCUAUAUAUGAUGCUUGUAUCGAGUCGUUCUGCAAUCUGCCGCUCGCCGCCACCGUCAACAGGCAAUUCCUUUGCAUUCACGGCGGCUUGAGUCCUGAAUUACACACGCUUGACGACCUACGAAAGCUUGAUCGCUUCCGCGAACCCCCAACCCAGGGCUUGAUGGCUGAUCUGCUUUGGGCAGAUCCCGCCGAAGACUUUGGCGAAGAGACCAACACUGACUUCUUCCGCCACAAUGACGUCCGUGGUUGUUCAUACUUCUAUACAUACCAUGCCGUAUGCGAUUUCCUGAAACGAAACAAUCUCCUCUCUGUUAUUCGCGCGCACGAGGCACAGGAUGCUGGUUACCGCAUGUAUCGCACCACGCAAAACACUGGCUUUCCGAGUGUCAUCACACUGUUCUCCGCGCCUAACUAUGUCGACAUGUACAACAAUAAGGCAGCUGUGUUGAAAUACGUAAACAACACUAUCAAUAUUCGACAGUUCAACCAUACCGCGCAUCCGUUCUGGCUCCCGAAUUUCAUGGACGUCUUCUCAUGGUCACUACCCUUUGUCGGCGAGAAAAUGAUGGAUAUGCUGAUUGCUAUGCUAAGCAUCUGCUCCGACGAAGAGCUGCAGGAAGAGACAGGCUCGACUUCCCCUAGCGCCGUUACGCCAGGAAGUCACGAGACAGAAUCGCUGGAGUUUCGGCGGCGCGCGCUCAGGAAUAAGAUCCUCGCCAUUGGUCGACUUUCGCGCGUCUUUAGUGUUCUCCGGGAGGAAUCAGAGGGAGUCUCGGAGCUUAAGUCUGCGUCUGGCGGUCGCUUGCCUGCCGGAACCCUUAUGCUGGGUGCCGAAGGCAUCAAGAACGCGAUCCAUGGCUUCGAUGAUGCUCACAAAGUCGACUUGGACAACGAAAGGUUGCCUCCGUCUGCAGAUGAAGUGAUGCGCCAGACGGACGAGGAGAGGAGUCGUGCAUUGGCCCAGGCAAUGAAGGACGCGGAUGGUGAUAAGAAGCUGCAGGCACUCUCGAGAAAACUCAGCGUGGAGCGAAAAUAA